AUGGUAGUAAAACAUGGACAUCAGAAAGACGACUGUACACUUGUUGGAACAACGUACAGUUAUGGUGAAGUCGACUGGCUUGUUAUACGUAGUAAAAGACAUUUUUUAUUUUUAUUUUGUUUCUGGGGAGCGUUGAUGUUGGCAUUUAUUAACAGUAUUGUUGGUUCUAUUCUCGAAUACAUGCACAAAGAAAAUAUUCAUGGUUGUACUAAAUUUCUUCGUAUUUUACGAUCAGUUCUCUAUAAAAGUUCCAUGAGUAUUCCAGUGAUGGUUUUAUUUGCAUUCAAUUAUGUAACACCCUGUUUACAAUUACGAGCAACAACAUUUAUGAUCUUUUCGAAUAUGUUUACAUAUAUCGUAUUAGCAAUUCAAUUUCCUAUCUUACUUGUUGUUUCUAUUGAUGUACUUUACGAAUUCUAUAUUUGGAAACCUAACGCUACUUAUCGUCUUGUGCGAGGUACGAUGAAAAAUCAACCGACUGGCAUGAAAAUAUUUCAAAUUAUUCUUUAUUCUCUUUUAUUCGCUAUAAUUAUUAUUGGAAUUAUCGUAUCGUUUCUGAUAUAUUUGGAAUUAAUGUUUCUUACCCAUGUUACUCAUCAUGUACUAGUCAUGUUUAAUAUCUUAUUAAGCAUUAUAAGUAUAGUUUACACUUGA